GGAAAUGAUAAUGCCUUUUUUAAAAUCUUCGAAUAAUUCUCAAACUACCGGCGUUCCCGAUGUUAACGAUUCUAAUAGAAACUGUGAUAUUAAGUUGCCGAUUAUUAAAAUUCCAACCUUUACCGGUAAGUACGAGGAGUGGCAAACGUUUUACGAUUUAUUCUAUUCUCUCAUACAUAACAAUGAAGCUUUGUCACCGGUGCAAAAACUCCAUUAUUUAAAAAGUAAUUUAUCGGGUGAACCUGAAACAAUGUUACGUAAUUUUUCCAUAACUGACGCCAAUUAUGAAGAAGCGUGGUGCCAACUUGUGAAGAGAUAUAAUAACAAGAGGUUUAAUUGCAACGCCAUUUUGAAAAUUCUGUUUACACAAAAGAUGAUUACUGCAGAGUCUGCGAGUCAUAUAAAGCAACUUCUAGAAACAACGGUUACCUGUUUAAAAGCAUUAUCGAAUAUGGGAAUAGAUACGCGUUCGUGGGAUAUAAUUAUCAACUAUUUAGUCAUUUCAAAACUGGACUCCGAGUCGAUGCGACAGUGGGAACAACAUGUGCGGACGCCGUCAUCAUUCAAUGAUUCAUGUUGAACGCGAGCCUAAAGUUGUUAAUCCAGUUGAGACGGCUUCUACAUCUACAGGUAUAGAGAAUAAGUCUAGAGGUAAGCCUAAUAUUUUGUCAAAUGAUAACAACAUUAUAACAAAUUUUUGUGAACAUAUUGAUUCAAAUAGUACUUUAUUAGCUACAGUUCAAGUUUUAGUUGAGAGUAAAAAUGGUAAUAAUCAUGUUAUUAGGGCUUUGUUAGACCAAGGGUCGCAGGCGUCGUUUGUGACAGAAGCAACAGUUCAGUUACUUAAACUUUCACGUAAGUCAGUAAGUGGUUGGGUGUCAGGUGUGGGAGAAGGGCAAAUGAGAAUUAAAUACAUGGUUUCAUUAUGUUUGAAAUCACGCCACAAUCCC